AUGGUCUUCGGCGCAGUGGCUUAUCCAGAUCAGACCGUCCCCGAAGUCCAUCUGGAUCACUGUCCCAGCUUGGGAGGCGACACGUGCGCCACAGCCCACGCCCCUCCAGUGGAGACCCCAGAGACAACAGUCCUGAUAGCGCUCACGGGGAUUCCAGUCUUGGCGUCGUACCCGCUUCCUGUCUCGACCCCGCAGGAGGCAGCGCAGCUGGACGGCGUCGGUGACUACCUCGCGGGCUUCUUCGGCCGAGUUAUCCUCAAUCGUGCCGAUGCACCGUGUCACGGUGGCGCCGUCACGAGCGACCCUGCGCCUCCUCCGUCUUCAUCUUGGGUCGCCAGCAUCGGUGGCGACGACAGCCUCGAGGCUGGGUCUCCAGAAGAAUGCCGUGAACUCUCCGCUGAAGCAGCGGCUACCACGGAGGCGGGUUGUCGCUCUCCCUCUUCAUGCGGGCCUUCGACAGCCCUCGAGGUGUAUCUACAGCGACAACGGCGCGCAGCCGAGCGCCUGGCUGCGUUUUUCCUGAAGAGGCACAAGGAUCCACAAAGUCACCCGGUGCCAGGGCGGGAGGGCUUCGAAAGAUGCCCGGGCCCCGGGAGAGGAGGAGAGGUUUACGAAGUUCGCGAAAGCUCUGGAGCCAACGAGGAAGGAUCGCGGCGGACACAUGACGUUGCAGUUUCGGAGAGAGCCGGCGGGGAGCAAGCGGAGCUCGAAGAAGACAGACGGGAUGCACCACACAAGGACCCCGCGAAAGCGGGCGUUUCCGGCAGUCUCUUCCAGGCGGACCUUUCGAGCAGCGAAAAUCAAACUGAAUGCGUUCACCCGCUGGAAACGAAAGGUGUCGAGCGCCGGCAGAAGGACUUUCGAAAGGGUUCAAGUGCCUGGACCGGGCUGGUGUGUCUCUACAGACUUAAGGCUUUCGGUCCGAGAGGCGUCAGUCGCAUGCAAAUCAAGCAGGAACAAGAAGAUCUCUCAAAGGUCUAUCCCUGUAGCGGUGUCUCAGGGAGCGUCUUGGAGAGCCUUCGAGUCGACCAGCUUAUAGCGGUCCGCCGGCCGUGUCCUGCCGCCGUUCGCGCGGCUUCUGCGACUCUGGCUGAGCAAAAACUGAUCUCUGCUCGCGUGCCUGGUGGUGCCCCGCGGGAGUUGUCCUCUGCGAACCAGGCCGUGAGUGAACCUGCCGGCGAACCUCUGCAAGCAGGAGUCCUGAAUGGCGACAGUUUUGCUGGCGAGACCGCGCUGCAAAGGUGUCUCGCGACACUGCAGAAAGGAGAGGACUCACGGGCUGGCGAAGGCCGAGAGGCCAGUGCGGACUCGGGUCGUUGUCUUGCCCAGAAAGCACCGCGCCAGCGAAGAGCGGAUGAAAGGGAAACCCUGAAACUCCGGCUGCUGAAGAAGUGUUGUCACGAUCACCUCGAGCUCCUUUUUCUGACCCCAGAAGGGGAAGAAGUGGCCAAGCGUCUGGUGGAGGAAGUGCCCGAACUAAAGCGCUCCUCCACAGACGCAAACUCUUGCGUGGACGUGGAGGCAUUGCCGCCUCACCUCGAGAAAGAACAGGCUCAAGAUCUUUCUGGGGACCAAGGGAAAUCCCGGAGUUUGAAGGAAACCGCAGGAAGCGAGGCCAGCAGCAGGGGGAACACAGGUGCGCAUGGGUUCACUGAAGGGCCAAGUAAGCUCAGAUUACGCGAAAAGCAUUCGCCGUCGUCCCUCGACGAGGGGGAUGUCUCGGUGGAAAGCUCGAGCGCUGAGUCUGACGCAAACUGCAAGAGAGGCGAAGACCCGGAGCUCUAUCCGCACCCCUUUUCUUGGCUACCCCUGCGGAAACGAAGACCGCAGGAGUCAGAAAGCAAAGACGCGUCACCUUCCCACUCUCAUGGAGCAUGUUUCCACGAGCCCCAGGCGACGCCAAAAGGUCGCUGGCGGCAGGUCGGCGACGGCCUCUCGUCGGAAGGCAGCCUUGGAGAGGACGCGGCGUCUGCUACCCCCAGCAGCACAGAAGGUUCGCGAAGGCUUUGCAGAGCGUCUGGGAAGAGUAGAGCACCAGUUGUUGUCUUGGAUGAAGAGGACGAGGAGUCGAACGCCUGCGGCGCGCUCGAGCGACAAGGGACGAGUUGUAGGGGUACCCCUCCCCUCGGCUCUCCAACUGCAUGCGUUGGAGCCGCCACACCGGUGCGCCGACGCGCAGACAACAGGCGACCUCUCACACCGGCGGAGUCACCUUCUGUGCCUGCGGGGUUUCCGGUCGACCACGACGCGAAGGAGUCUCGCAGAAACGCUGUCGCCGCCCGGGAGUGGAGCCCCGUUGGCCACACUUUUCAGGUUCGCCUGGUGCUCGACAACCGCGAGCGCGUCGAACAUGGCGGGGGCGGGUGGGGCGGCGGGAUGAACCGAGCCGAGUUCCUCUCUUCCCAGCUGCGACGGAACGGUGUCCCCGUGGAGUUGCGGCCGCUUCCAGUUGGAGACGCCCUGUGGGUUGCUCAGUUGCGCUCAGUUCCGGCUGAGUCUGCGCCGAGCCCCCACCCCACCCGAGAAAGGACUCCUGAGGUCGGUUCCACUGCAGGGUCGAGUUCAAAGCCGGUAGAAGACAGGGAAGGCCACGGGGCUGGUUCAGAGGGAGCGUCGCCGUGCAAGAAAGGUGCUGCGUCCUCCCCGCCGGUGGAAUUUGUGUUGCCCAUCAUUGUGGAGCGCAAGACACUGCGAGAUCUGAGUUCGUCCAUCCGCGAUGGCCGCUACGAAGACCAGAAAUAUCGGCUGAUGCGUUGCGCGGGCGUCACGCGAGUUCUGUACCUCGUUGAGGGCUUGCUCGAGGCAUCGCAGUGUCCCGCGAUCCCUCUCUCUGCCGCCACCUUUGCUGCGCCGAAGCGCAACCCUGCAGGGACGACGCCAAGUCCCCAUCGUGUUCCCGGCUCGCAACGUCCAGGGAUUCUCGGCGGAUCUCCUGGGCCAAACGCCCAAGGAGGCGGUCGAACGUUUCUCGGCGGGCCGCUGUCGACAUCGGCUGCUACUACGGCGGCCGAGAUUGCCGCUGUACGGACGGCGCAAGUCAAGACGCAACUUGUCAAUGGUUUCUUGCUUCUCAACACCACCUGUCCAGCGCACACUGUCGCCAUGCUGACUCGAAUUCACAGACGGCUAGUCCGACAGUUCGCUUCAGAUGCCGUCAUCCCGGUGGAAACGGGAGACCAGAUCUGCUCCGAAGGAAUCUCACGACGGGGAGCUGAGGCCGCCUUAGGAGCUCGUGGCGCUGCUGAGGCCGAGUUCCGAGAAGGUCGUCGCGACGUUCAGACGCCUGGCGUCGAGACAGAGAUGUCAGUUGCAUCAGCGAGCAAGGAUCUUGGAAAGGUGACGCAGCUGUUUCUCCGGCGCAAAAGAAUGGAGCAAGCAGGAGGCUUGUCGGGAGUAGGCGGCACGUUCGGGAUGAGUCCUUGGGGCGCCUCCGGGACGACAGAAGUCGUGGAACUUCUCUCGUGGUCAGCCUGGCUGGAGACGAACCGCCAAAGUGCAAAGUAUACGGUGCAGGAGGUUUUUUGUAGGCAAUUGAGUGUCUUGCCGUUCCUCGGAAAACGCGGCGCUGCUCACAUUGCCAAAGCCUGCGGUCACCCCGCAGCAUUUGCUCGACUUCUCGCGGCGCAUCCCGACGACCGCCGCCUCCGCGCAGCGUUAGCCGCGGCGGCGCACUCAGACCAAGGAAAACGCGGAACGGGAUCCUGCAACCGAGGGACGGGGGACGACGAGAACAGCGGCAGAUUGCUCCAGACGCCACAAAGACAAAACCGACCGGCUGGCGACGAAACAGGAGAUGAGGACAGACACUCGGCAAGUGAAGACCGGGAGUCCGGCGGGAUACGGCGCGAUGGGGCGAAACGCAAACGUCGCGAGGGCCGCCUCGCCCGACGAGAACAAGGACGUGUCUCCGCCGUUAACACGGGGACUGCUCGGCCGCAAGCGAUCAGCAGCAAAGCGCUGGCGCUGUGCAGGUUGCUUUACCAGGAAGAAGUUCCUGCGACUGUCCUCGACCAAAUGCAGCCGCUAGCUCACGCUUCGUCUGCACUUCUGGAGGGGACGUGUUCAGCCGCCACGCCUUCCAGGGACCAGAUGGAGCGCGGAAAUAUUCUCUGA